CUGCUUUGCUUUUUUUUUAGGGAAAGUACGGUGGCCGGACUUCAACCAGGAGGCGUACGUCGGAGGGACGAUGGUCCGCUCUGGGCAGGACCCCUAUGCCCGCAACAAGUUUAACCAGGUGGAGAGCGAUAAGCUUCGAAUGGACAGAGGCAUACCCGACACGCGGCAUGACCAGUGUCAGCGGAAGCAGUGGAGGGUGGACCUGCCGGCCACCAGCGUGGUGAUCACGUUUCACAACGAAGCCAGGUCGGCCCUGCUGAGGACGGUGGUCAGUGUGCUUAAGAAAAGCCCGCCCCAUCUCAUAAAAGAGAUCAUCUUGGUGGACGACUACAGCAAUGAUCCUGAGGACGGGGCUCUCUUGGGGAAAAUUGAGAAAGUGCGCGUUCUUAGAAAUGAUCGGCGAGAAGGCCUGAUGCGCUCGCGGGUCCGCGGGGCCGAUGCUGCCCAAGCCAAGGUCCUGACCUUCCUGGACAGUCACUGCGAGUGUAACGAGCACUGGCUGGAGCCCCUCCUGGAGAGGGUGGCCGAGGACAGGACUCGGGUAGUGUCACCCAUCAUCGAUGUCAUUAACAUGGACAACUUUCAGUACGUGGGGGCGUCUGCUGACUUGAAGGGCGGUUUUGAUUGGAACCUGGUGUUCAAGUGGGAUUACAUGACACCUGAGCAGAGAAGGUCCCGGCAGGGGAACCCAGUCGCCCCAAUAAAAACCCCCAUGAUUGCUGGCGGGCUGUUCGUGAUGGACAAGUUCUACUUUGAAGAACUGGGGAAGUACGACAUGAUGAUGGACGUGUGGGGAGGAGAGAACCUGGAGAUCUCGUUCCGCGUGUGGCAGUGUGGCGGCAGCCUGGAGAUCAUCCCGUGCAGCCGUGUGGGUCACGUGUUCCGGAAGCAGCACCCCUACACGUUCCCGGGUGGCAGUGGCACUGUCUUUGCGCGCAACACCCGCCGGGCAGCAGAGGUCUGGAUGGAUGAAUACAAAAAUUUCUAUUACGCGGCAGUGCCUUCUGCCAGAAACGUUCCUUAUGGGAAUAUUCAGAGCAGAUUGGAGCUUCGGAAGAAACUUAACUGCAAGCCUUUCAAAUGGUACCUUGAAAAUGUCUAUCCGGAGUUAAGGGUUCCAGACCACCAGGACAUAGCUUUCGGGGCCUUGCAGCAGGGAACCAACUGCCUCGACACUUUGGGGCAUUUUGCUGACGGUGUGGUUGGAGUUUAUGAAUGUCACAAUGCUGGGGGAAACCAGGAAUGGGCCUUGACGAAGGAGAAGUCGGUGAAGCACAUCGACUUGUGCCUUACUGUGGUGGACCGGUCGCCGGGCUCUCUCAUAAAGCUACAGGGCUGCCGAGAGAAUGACAGCAGACAGACAUUGCUUCCUCCUGCUGCUUCAGCUUCUGACAACAGCGGCUCACCCCGGAUUCCAGAACCUUCUCCGGAGGGGAGGAGGAUGGCAGAGGCCUGCCUGCGUGGCAGUGGUGACGGCAGCAGCCUGGGGAGAGAGCGCGAGGAUGGUUUUCAGGCCCAGUCCAACCUCUGCCAUCACUUCCAGCAACAGAGCCCACUGGCAUCUUUGCCGCCCCCCUCUGCACUUCCCCCAAGAAAAACUGCCAGGGAGAAGCCAACGGAGUAUUUCUGA